CAACUCGCAGAGGCCGAGGGCUUUUUUCUAAAGCGAUGUGGAGGUUUGAUAAAAUCAAACUGUUUAUUUUGGCUUGAGGCUCUAGAUAAAGUCACUCAGGCUCGACCAGAGCUGGUGCGCAUCUAUCGUGGACGCGCAGCUUUUUAUUGAAUCAACAGGCGGUAAAGCGCGCUGAAAAUAACCCUGUGCUAAAAAUUAAUGUGACAAACAUCUUCUCCAGUGCACCACACGGACAAACACUGUAGCCAUAACUUGUUAUAUUCUCAGACUGGCCAGCACCGUGCACAGGACAGGCGCGGUGGAUGCCCUUACGCACGGCAGCAGUUGUGUAAACGACUGUGAAGAGGUUGAUGCAAGAGGAAAGAGGGCGGUCAAAGUGUGACGGCAAACACUGUGCUUUGCUCUGCCAACGGUUUCAUUCCCAACUCUGCGCCUGCUAGGCUGCACAGUCUCACACGUGUAAUUUAUUGUUCGUCCAGGGCGCAGCUCCCGGCAGAAGACACGCAUGCUUGAAAAGACCUCCGCGCACUUGAUGCCUGCUUUGGUGAUGCCAUGCCCCGGAACAACAGCGGAGAUGAAGGCGGCACGGGGCUCUGGAUGAGGACAUCGCCGGGGCACCGUACCGAAGGCUACGGCUUGAAGGAUGUGGAGUCCGGACGAAGGAUGAUGAACAACGCAGGAGACGGUUUGCUGUCAGCCUCCACCGCCGCAGGUGCUGCCGGGUCCGAGAGUCUGAGGAGCAAGCAGGGAGCCCGGCUCAGCCUGCUAGGGAAGCCGCUCAUAUACAGCGCGCAGAGCGGCCGGAGGAACGUGCGCUACCGGCGCCUCCAAAACUACCUGUACAAUGUGCUGGAGAGACCGAGAGCCUGGGCGUUCAUCUACCAUGCGUUUGUUUUCAUCUUGGUCUUCAGCUGUCUGGUCCUCUCUGUGUUCUCAACCAUUCCGGCUCAUCAGGACUUCUCCUCUUACUGUCUGCUCAUUCUGGAGUUUGUCAUGAUAGUGGUGUUUGGGCUGGAAUACAUCAUCCGCAUCUGGUCGGCGGGAUGCUGCUGUCGUUACAGAGGAUGGCAGGGUCGACUCCGCUUCGCCAGAAAGCCUUUCUGUGUCAUAGACAUCAUAGUGCUGAUUGCGUCGGUGGCGGUGGUGUCAGCGGGAAGCCAGGGCAACAUUUUUGCCACCUCGGUCCUGCGGAGCCUACGUUUCCUUCAGAUCCUACGCAUGGUGCGAAUGGACCGAAGAGGGGGCACCUGGAAGCUGCUGGGCUCUGUGGUCUACGCACACAGCAAGGAACUGGUGACCGCCUGGUACAUUGGCUUCUUGGUUCUCAUCUUCUCUUCAUUCCUCGUCUACCUUGUGGAGAACAAGUUCAACAAGGAGUUUGCUACCUACGCUGAUGCCUUGUGGUGGGGCACGAUCACCCUGACAACCAUCGGUUAUGGGGACAAGACACCAAAGACGUGGACAGGACGGAUGCUGUCCGCAGGGUUUGCCCUCCUGGGCAUCUCGUUCUUUGCCUUGCCAGCAGGUAUUCUGGGCUCAGGCUUUGCCCUGAAGGUCCAGGAGCAGCACAGACAGAAGCACUUUGAGAAAAGGAGAAACCCGGCCGCCUACCUCAUCCAGUGUGUUUGGCGUAGUUAUGCGGCUGAUGAGAACUCGGUUUCCAUUGCUACCUGGAAGCCUCACUUGAAGGCGUUGCAUACCUGCAGCCCUACAAAGAAGGAGCAGGGAGAGUCGACCACAAGCCAGAAGUUGAGCUUCAAGGAGCGGGUGAGGAUGGCGAGUCCCCGAGGUCAGAGCAUCAAAAACAGGCAGACAUCCUCAGUGAAUGACCGGCGGUCUCCAGUGGCGGAUGCCGGUACAGAGGGCACCAGCCCAACCAAGGUGCAGAAGAGCUGGAGCUUUAAUGACCGCACACGCUUCAGACCCUCACUCCGCCUUAAGAGCCAGUCCCGCUCAACCACUGAUGCAGCAGAAUCCAACAUGGCAGGGGAGGAUGGUUUUGAUGAGAAGGGCUGUCACUGCGAGAUCUCGGUUGAGGACUUGCUGCCCUCUAUCAAGUCUGUCAUUAGAGCUGUCAGGAUAAUGAAGUUCCAUGUAGCCAAGAAGAAGUUUAAAGAGACGCUGCGUCCUUAUGAUGUCAAGGAUGUGAUUGAACAGUACUCUGCCGGUCACUUGGAUAUGCUGUGUCGCAUUAAGAGCCUGCAAACCAGGCUGGACAUGAUAGUAGGCCCACAGCCGCUGAGCAGCCGAGCCAAGACCUUUUCCUCCCCCUCCCUGCCUGUCUAUUACAGCCAGGGUAGAAAGAACUCCACUCAGGGGGUGGACCAAAUCCUCGGGAAGGGCCAGAUCCCUCUGGACAAGAAGAUUCGUGAGAAGUUGCUGUCUGAUGGAGAUUUAUUAGAGGACAUGAGCAUGCUGGGUCGCGUGUGUAAAGUGGAGCGGCAGGUUCAGUCAAUUGAGUCAAAGCUCGACUCCCUGCUCGACAUCUAUCGUCAGGUCUUGCAUAAAGGCUCUUCCUCAGCCCUCACGCUCUCCUCUCUGCCCCUGUUCGAGCUGGAACAGACCUCUGACUACCACUCCUCCGUCUUUAGCAAGGACCUGUCCUGCUCCACCCAGGUCAGCAACAGUGGAGUGGCUCCCCCUGGUGGCUGCGUCAUGCGCUCCUCCACCAACUCCCACCUCUCCCAGGGAGGACUCCAUCUCAUCCUUGCGCCACACAACGAGCUCAACCUCAAUCUCAAUGCCUCCUCUUCCACACCUCCCUCCGGCCAUGCAUCCUCCUCCUUCAGCCCAUCGCCGCUCCCUCAUCACCAUCAUCAUCACCACCACCACCAUCAUCAUCCCCAUCAUCCCCACCAUCAUCAUACGCAGGCUCAGGCCACCACGCCUGAAAGUGGCAAUGAUGAGGCUGUGGGAAGCUCUCCACCCAUCCUCACGCCAAAUAGUGUCAGCAGUGGCGGGGGCGGAGGAGUAGUAGUGGUAGACGGAGGGUUUCCUCUUCUGGCGAGGCUUCCACCACCGCCCCCUCCAAGUCGAAGCGGGGGCCCGAGUAGCUUGAUGCGAGCAACCUCCACAGAAGCGUCCCCAGACAUGGACGACUUUUGUGGAGGUCUAGGGACGCAGACGGAGGACAGCAGUGUUGGGGAGGACCUUGGCCUUGGCUUGGGGCUGGGCAGACUGGGCCACAGCAAUGGCAGACUAAGCACCAAAGACGAGGGCUCCUGGAGGAGACAUAUGAGCCUGGAGCUGGAGCCCCUGGUGCCACCAGCCCUCAGCUGUUGCUCAGGCCCCAGCCAGGUGGACCGAGGCUUGGGCAAGUCCAUGUCAGUGCAGAACCUGAUGCAGACAGCCCCGGGGACAGCCCAUGAUGCCCACCACAGCCUCUCAUCUCCAAGCCCCAGUACAUGCAGUGACUCCCCCGUUGGCUUUCACAGCUGUAGCCAAGACCCUGGGGGAGGAGGGCGUGAUGGUAGAAUAAGAAGAAGUGGUGGUGGUGGAUGGGGGGAGGAGGACCUCUUUAUCAGCGACAGGGACAUAGAGACGCAGGGAUUUGACUUCCUGUCUCAGGGGACUGUUGAGGCUCACACCUACUCCUCUGAGCUCCUGAGGACAGGGGGCAGAGCAGGGACAGGGUCCCGGGGCUCUAACCGUAGUCUGGCCACUGGUCAUGCAUCCUCACCCUCUGCUGGCAGCACCGAAUUGCUGAACAUGCCACACGUACGGCUAAAAUAGACCAGCUACAUGCUUGGAAGGCACCCAAAUCUCACCUCACAGAGACGGUUUUUAUCCUUUUUGGAGGGGAGUGGGAGGGCGGGAAUAUAACAAGGGGUCCCUUUUUGUUUAUUUUCAUGUUGAUCGAUUUGAUCAGAAUCACAGUAUUUUCACACAGGCUGAUCACAUACUGUAUGCUAUAUCAUUGCAUGAGUUAUUCUUUGUUUUAAGAUAUGAUUGACAAAUCUGAGAUAAAAGAUGAAGGCUUGUAAAAUGGGAACACAGACCCCCAAAACCUGAGACUUCGCUAUUUAACAAAGCCAACUAAACUUGAUCCUGAAAGAUGGUUGGUUGAUAUGUGAACUUGAGAUACAGCAUGAGCGUUGCAUGUUUUCAGUCAAAAGUACUGGGAUUAGCAAGAUACAGUUUACAUUCAAUAACGUAGGAAGGCAUGGACACCUAACACGCACAUCUGUCACAAUAAUUAAAAAAUGCUUGAAUACUUACAUGUGCACAUGUAAAUGAGAUCUGUUUCCUGUCUUGCUGAUCACAUGAAAGGCUGCCAUAGAGAAAUGAAUGUUAACUCAACAUGGCCAAACUUAUUGAACUCAUUCUAUGUUCUUGUCUCUAUUUCUGUUUUAUUUCGAAAAUAUCCUGUCCAUUUUAGAACAGAUCACCUCUUAAAGUUUAUAUUGUCAAAUUAUAUGAACUACUAUCCUCAACCAAUGACUUAGGUUGCUCACAAUAAAAAGAUCAUUAUGGUAUAUUAGCAAGUUUUAUCUACUAAAGUUCAUUGCCAUCUUGGAAUGCAGGCGGCACAUCUUCAUAUUUCUAAUGAAUUCUUCCAACAGUUCCAAGCAACCAUUGGUUUCUUUUCAUUUCUGUAAUGGUAUGGAUAUUAAUUAGCAGACUUGAAGUGUAUGAUGCAUCACAGAGAAAAUUAGCUUCACACAUUUUUACAUUGUUACAUUAUCAUUGUGUGGUUACGCAGUGUAUGUGCAGAUAGUUUUGAAAAGGCAGCGCUGCAUUGCCAAUGAUGUCACUGACAAAGAAUACAUGCAGACUUGAAACACCCACAUUUUUUAAACAAAGCGCCGUGCAAAUUGUACAUUGUAGUUACUUGUAGUAAAUUGGCUAAAACAAGCAGAACCACUGAUACAGUCCUUAAAUAACAUAUUUUGGUGAUUUUUUUAAAUUGAAAAGAUGUAAUCACAGUCUCUCUAGGCUACGGAAAAAAAAAAACAAUAUUUUCAGCAAACAUUAAUGCAUAGUUGGUUUUUAGGUCAUAAAUUGGACAAAAAUUUAAAAAAUAAAAUAAAAACAUCAUUGUGGCAUGUGCAAGACGUUUUUUCUUUUUUUUAAAAAAAUCAUCAAAAUAUGUUAUUUAUCAAGGGGUGCCCAAACGUUUGUAUACAAGUGUACACACAUAUGCACCUGUAUACAUGCACAUGUACAGGUAAUAAUGCUUAUUUACACACAUGGCCAGCUGUGAUGCUACAUGUCCAUUACACUGUGGACUCUAACUCUGCAGUCUAAGGUACAGUCCAGAGGAGCGCAACAAGGAGCAGACGCUGCUUAUUUUCAGAUCAAUUAUGCACCAGUCAGUUGGUUUUUGAGCCGACGACAGCCAUGGAUUGAAACACAACUUGAAUGUUACUUUUUUGGUUUAUAGGCAGUCUGUCAUUUUGUAAGGUGUAUUAUCAAAGCACUUUGUUUUGGUUCAGAAAAAUAUAAAUUGAAAGAAAUGUUCAGAAAUCUAACUUUGUAUUACAUUUUAUCAUGAAAGGAAGGUGUCUGUUUAAACCAUGGUCAAAGUUUGCUUUUCUUCAUUCAUUGUAAUGUGAGAUGAUUUCUGUUUGUUUGGAGUGGACUCGCUGCAGAAUGUAUUGCUUAUAUCAUUAUUAGUAUGAGCAGAACACCUGUUGCUUGAACUGCUGAGCAGUGACAUCAAGAUGACUAAUAACUUUCCUCUUCCUCUUGCAUGGUACAGAAUCAGGUGCAUCAGGGAAUGUCAAGUGGUCCUCUCCAGGUUGUAGGGAAACUAUUACAUAAGCUGCAGGUGGAUACUAAUCAUACAGCAUCUAAAACCUCAGUGGUGAUGAAUCAGCAUUAGCUAACAGUACCUCAAUAUAAUCUGAAGUCCCAUAGCAAAGACCAGAAUAUGUGAAGGAGGUUUGGGGUCAGUUUGCUUUCAAAUGUGGAACUGAAUUUUACUUUCCUUAAGAUAUUUAAAUAUAUUUUGCAUGAAAAGGUUGUCAUAUCAAAACCUGUUUAUAACUGAGAAUGAAUCAUUAAGAAAAAUCACUAUUUAAAGUUCAAAAUGAUUGCAUCAGAAGUUUAAAAAAAAGAAAAGAAAAAAAAAAGACCCCAGCACUGACAUUAAGUCUACAAAAUGUUCAGUGCAUACAGUAUAUUGGUGCCUUGCUUUUGUGGUACAUAUUCAUCUCCAUAUCUGCAAUUUCCUGACAAGUGCAUUAGGUUCCUCUGAACAGACACGGUUGCACUGUCUUCAUUUUCCCUCUCUGUAAAUGUUCUGACCUCAGACAUUUUGCAGUUUUUUAUUCAGAGAUCAUUUUGCUACUGGGCAUAAAACAGGCCUUUGAUAUGUUAACAUUCUGUCUCAUUUCUUUUAAUUUAUUUAAAUUAUGUGCACAUAUUUACACGCUAGUAAUAAUCUCAGUUAGAUUAAUGAAGCCUGUAAUGUAAUGAAAAUGCAAGUGAACUUUUAUUCUCAUUCAUCAAUAAAGGAAAUUCUAUGAAGAGCAUAUAAGAGUUUGUUUUUUGCUGUCUCACCAUCAUUUACUGAUGUGUAUAGUUCUUCAGUGGUUUGUGAGCAUAGAAGUAAAGCAGAUACGACAAUGAAACAGGGAACAUCUUUUAAACAUCUUUAAUCUUAUGAACAUGUGCUCACAAAUGACACUGAUUAAGGUGCACGAACUAAACAGUAACAUUUAACAGUGCUACUGCACAGGAGUUUAAGACAGGCAAAGUGCGAGGCAUAUAGAUUUCAGGAAUCAGACAAAGAUUAUCUGAAGCUUGUUCCUCUAAAAUGCAACAGUGAGCAUGUAAGCAGCCAAUCUACCUUUGGCUAGUGAGCAUAUCUCUUUUAAUGCUAGAACACAGAGCAUUACUUCAACAAAGACCAGGCAAACGAACAUCUCUGCCUUAUUUAUUAUUAAGCAGCUACAUUUGUUGGCUAGGUUAACGAGCAGCUUAAUUCUAACUUUAACAGCACACAACCAGAAAGCAGUUAUGUAAAUUUGUUGUGUUGUUCUGUCACAAUCUGAGUGACAAUAAAAUCUACAUAUAACAGUGUGUUAACAUGUUAAUCAUUAACAGUGUGGUACUAUUUUUUUUCCUUCGUCUGCUUUUGCGAUGCAUUGUGAUAAUAGACCAGACGCUGACUAUGGUGUGCAGAAGGGGCGGGGUG